AUGCGAAACUUAGGACAUGUUGGUGUUGCUUUGAAAAACAAGAACAGUCGUUCUAAGCAAACAAAUGUGCAUACUGGUGGUUCAAAAAACUUUGCUUCAUAUGCAGAAGAAAUGGUAACAACGCUUGGGCAUCCUGUAGAGCGUGCGGAUGUAUAUGUAAAACUCCAUCUUCAUAAAGAUGGUACUCCAGUUAACACCGUAGCAGAAGGCAACAUUGAAAAAAUCAACGAACUGUUGAGUGAGUCCUCAAAUCGUGUGCAAUCAUCUGACCUUACUGGUAGUAUUGCAUGGGCACCAGAUGAUGUAUAUGCUCAAGUGUUUGGUAAUGAGCACAAUGGUCGUGUUCGAGGUGUGGGAUUUGGCCCAACUCCAAGUAUGCAUCCUGCCAAGAGCACUCUUGCAAUUGCUCAAGUAAGAAGCCAAGAAAGGGAUGCUGAAGUGACUCAGUUGAAGAAUCAAGUGGCUUCUUUGACAGAGAAAGUGAAUCGUUAUGAAAACUUGGAGGAGCAAAUGACCCAAUUGAUGCAACUAGUGCAAAAUCAGCAAAAUCAUUCUUCGGAAGCUAGUCGGGGUGGUUUCGGUUUAGAUCAUCAAUCUCCAACUCCUUACAGGUCACAGAUUUCAUCCCAUCAAGAAACUAGCAUAUAGCGGUACAUGCAAUGUUUUAAGGACUCUAUGGGCUACUACAUAGUUAUUUUGAACAACCACAAUUAUUUUGGAACUAUUGUACUUUGUUUAUAAUAUUGUCAUAGUUUGGGUGGUGGUUCUUUUUUGGUAUAGAUAGACAAGUGUUUUGUUACAACCACAUUUAUUUUGGAAGUAUUGUACCUUGUUUAAU